AUGCCAUGGUGCUGUGGCUUAGCAAAUAGUGGCGGAACAACAUCAACUGCUCUUAUCACUUCGGAUAGUGAUAAUAUCACCCAGCAAUCACUAAGUGUUGCAAAUGCAACUGGAACAACUAGACGGAAAUCAUUAAUUAUACCUGAUAAUUUUGGUCCAAUGCUUCUACAGCCAAAAAAAAUGGCACUGUUCGUAACAGCAAAUCGGCAACCAAUUGAUUGUCUUUUUAUUGAAAAUCUUCGAUCAAAUGGAUGGCAGGUUGUCAAAGCAACGGCAGGUAUUGCCGAAGUUAAUUACCAACAACAAAAACCACUGCUAGUUCUGGUGGAUAUUCGACUACCUGAUAUUGCUACCUUUGCCAAAACGAUGCAUUGCCUUCCAACAUCUGACGAAGUUUUUUUUGCUGCAUUAUCAGACAGGAUGGUAUCCGAAAAACGUAGGCGUUGGCUUUCACAAUUUAGCCUUUGCCAUGUGUUCGUGUCAACGUCAACGGACAUCUCCCUAUGUGAAUUAUUCGCACGCCUUGCGAAUCGUUUGCGAGCUACUCCUGCCAUAUUUGCUGUCCUGGACGAGGUAUGUCAACCAAUUAAAAUAUGUGACAGUGCUUUAACAGUGCAAUACAUAAAUCGCGCCUAUGAAACAAACACUGGUUUCAAACGGAGUGAAGUACUUGGCACGAAAUCAUCCGAAAUUCGACGGAAAUCAUUGCAGCAAAAAUAUUCAAUUCGAUCGAAAGAUUUUAUUACAGUGACAGCAACAGAAGGUGAAAUUACCCGAAAAGAAAGUAAUGAAUGGCAAUGUAUACAAAUACCUGGAAGUUCUACUAGUCAACAAUUUGUUUACUUGAAACGAAAUAGCGGUGAUUCAACGCUUCACACAAACACAUCGAUACGAAGUGAACGAUCACAAACAGGGCUAGUCGAUGCACCUAUCAGUGAGGUAUUAUUCUCUUUACGAGAUGCUAUGACGAGAGCAGACGAGCAAACACAACAAAUUCUUCGAGAUGCAAUCAGAGUGUUAUCAUCAUCCGAAUUAUACGCUCCGACAAUAACACGUUUCGGUAAUAAUGACCGGAUAGCAACUGGCUAUUAUGAUGGAUUGAUACGUAUUCAUCAUAUGCCUCGAACUCGAAAACGUUCCGUUGUUGAUGCGUUCAAAGCUAAGCGUAAAUCGGAUAGUUUUGACGGCUGUCGACGUAUUUCAACAGACGUACACAAUGCUUUACUAAAUGAUACUCAAUGGAAUUUUGAUAUUUUAUAUUUGGAAAGAAUUUCUGAAAAUCAUGCACUUUCGCAUUUAGGAAUAAAGAUAUUCGAGCGUUGGAAGGUCCAUGAGACAUUGAAGUGUUCCAUGGAUUUAAUUACUCGUUGGUUUGACGCCAUUGAAGCGCAUUAUCAUGCAGUAAAUCCCUACCAUAAUGCUACCCAUGCCGCCGAUGUCUUACAGGCUACGUCAUUUUUUCUUGAUUGUCCUACCGUUGCUCAUUAUGUACAGGAAGCACACGCUACUGCAGCUUUAAUAGCUGCCGCUGUUCAUGAUUUAGAUCAUCCAGGACGUGGCAAUGCUUUUUUAAUAAAUACUCAACAACCAUUGGCAUUGCUAUACAACGAUCAAUCAGUGCUAGAAAAUCAUCACAUAGCAUUAGCAUUUCAACUUACCUUGCAAAGUACCACUGAUAUUAAUAUCUUUGCCAGACUUACCCGAGAAGAAUUCACAACAUUACGACAAGCCACGGUUGAAAUGGUCCUAGCCACUGAUAUGAGUCGACAUUUCGAGUAUCUAACGAAAUUUCAACAAGUUGUCUCGAAUUUAAAGGAUAAUGAAGAAAAUGAGAAUAACAUAUCACUGACAAUUUGUCGAAUGCUAAUUAAAUGCGCCGAUAUUGGCAAUCCGACGAGAGAAUGGGAAUUGUGUGAGAAAUGGGCGAUGCGUAUUGUGGAAGAAUAUUUCGAUCAGACAAGUGAAGAACGUGAAAAAGGUUUACCAUUGACGAUGGAAUUAUUUGAUCGUAACGUAUGCAACGUACCAUUAACGCAAUGCGGUUUUAUUGAUAUGUUCGCACGUGAAGCAUUUACGUGUUGGACGCAAUUUUCAAAUCUUCCAAAUUUGCUUACACAAUUGGAAAUGAAUUAUGAAAAAUGGCGACAAAAAACAGCAGAUUGGAAUCCAUCAAAGAAUGCACACUUAUGUGAUAACAGAACACUUACGUCAUAA